AUGGCGUGGAUUACCGGGGCAAAGUGGUACUCGCUCCUAUGGUACGAUCAGGGGAGCUUCCUUCUCGUCUUUUGGCACUCUAUUACGGUGCAGAUCUUGUCUGGGGCAAGUCCCGAGACUGUAGAUAGAUCAAUGAUCGGGACAACUCGCAAGGUGAACACUGCACUCCAAACGAUUGACUUUACCCGUCUCCCCUCAAAUGGUUCCAAAGACCCUCGCACAGACCAGAAAGAAUCUCUCAUCUAUCGACUUCAUCCGGAAAGAGAAGGAAACCGACUCAUCUUUCAAAUUGGUACGUCGGAUCCUACGAGAGCAGUCCAAGCCGCAAGAAUAGUUGCAAGAGAUGUAGCAGGAAUCGAUGUGAAUGCAGGUUGCCCAAAGCCAUUCAGUACCAGCGGUGGCAUGGGUGCAGCGCUUUUGCAAACGCCAGAUAAACUCUGCGCUAUUCUCGAAGCAUUGGUCAAAGAAAUAACAUCUGAAUUUGAGAUCGGGAUAAGUGUCAAAAUUCGUCUCCUAGAAACACCAGAAAUGACUGAAUCUCUUGUGCAAAAAUUGUGCGCCACAGGGAUUACGGGGUUAACAAUACACUGUCGUACUACCCCCAUGAGACCCCGCGAGCGGGCUAUUCGGGAACAAUUAAAGAAUAUCGCACUAAUUUGCCGUCAAAGCGGUGUUGCUUGUCUCAUGAAUGGAGAUGUCGCUGAUAGGAAACAUGCAGAGCAACUCAUGGCUGAGUAUGGGGUUGACGGUGCUAUGAUAGCGACAGCAGCAGAAUCUAAUUCAAGUUGCUUUAGAUCCGAAGCUGAUGGUGGGCUAGCAUCCUGGAAAGAAGUAGUAGCUCAAUAUAUGAAAAUUUGCCUACAGCUAGAAAACCGAUUUGGCAACACCAAGUAUCUGCUAAACCACUUGAUACCCGGUAAACACUCAGUCUAUAGGGAGGUAACGUCUUCUAAGUGUUAUUCCCAGGCAUGUAAAUCUCUGGGACUCGUAGACUUAGAAAAACGUGCAAUGGAAGUUGAUACGAGUAUUGGUCUUGACUCAGAAGGCUGUCUCCAUAAGAAAUCAAGGAAAAACAAAACAGGGUUAGCUGCGGGUGGAAUUCUAGGAAAAUCUACUUUUCACACAUCGAAAGAAAGAAAAUGUCUUUCUGAACGAGGGGUUCAGGGGUAG